UCCAUGAGAUCGCGUAAGAUGCAGAUAUCCGCAGGAAUUGAUCUAGUACGUAAAUCUCGGCUCGUCGAAGAAUGACGCGAGGAUAAGCUGCAGGAGGCGAGGAACGUGCUAUCGUGGAAGGCGGCCGGAGGAAAUUAAUCAAGUACCAAAAGGACACAACUGCAUGCAAAGAUGUCUAAACGACCUGCGGAUUCCAGUGGGGACUCUGGUUCCCAACCACCUAUCAAGAAAGUACAGUUUGAGCCGAUUUUGAUCGGGCCAAUAUCCACUCUCGAGGAAAUGGACAUGAAGGUUUUGCAGUUUCAGAACAAGAAAUUGGCUCAGAGAUUAGAACAAAGGCAUAGAAUGGAAGCUGAGCUAAGACAACGUAUUGAGCAAUUAGAAAAACGCCAAAUGCAGGAUGAUGCGGUACUUAAUGUAGUCAAUCGAUACUGGAAUCAACUCAACGAAGACAUACGUGUACUAUUACAGAGAUUUGAUGCUGAAACUGCUGAUGAAUCUGAAAAUAAAAAUGAGAGUGAAGCUACAACAUCAUUUCUUAUGCAAUUAUCUUCUUGGGACAAAGAAGAGUUAGAUGACAAAUUAGCGAAUCGUGUACAAGUGUCGAAGCGAGCAGUGUCUAAAGUAGUACAAGCAUUUGAUCGUUUGUCUCAAAGAAAUGAGAAGAUCACUCUUGCACUCAAAGGAGAGUUUGAUGGCGAGGAAGCGCCAAACAUCGAUGAAGUCGUACGUCGUGCCAACGCGGAAAUACAAAUGGAAAAUAGAAAUCUGCAAGCGAUAAAUAUACAAUUACAUGAAAAAUAUCACACUAUUUCAUUGAAGAUGUCAGAGCUGCAAGACACCAUAACGGGAAAAGACACUCUUGCCGCAGAAUUGCGAAAUCAAGUAGAUGAUUUACAAUACGAACUGAACAAAGUACGAGCGAGAAACGAUAAAUUGGAACACCAUCUUGGAGAAGCGAUCGAAAAGUUGAAAGCGUUCCAACAAAUUCAUGGAGCGGACGAUAAAGGCAGCAACAAACCGAACACUUUGGUUACUUCCAGUGUUUCGCAGACUAAACUUGACGAUUUACAAAGAGAACUUGAAGAGACACGUGAAUUGGCUAACAAUAGAUUGCAAGAAUUAGAUAAAUUACAUCAACAACAUCGUGACACUUUGAAAGAGGUGGAGAAGUUGAAAAUGGAUAUAAGACAACUUCCUGAAUCGGUAAUCGUAGAAACAACGGAAUACAAAUGUCUGCAGUCGCAAUUUUCAGUAUUAUACAAUGAAUCUAUGCAAUUAAAAACACAAUUGGACGAUGCUCGUCAACAAUUGCAGUCGAGCAAGAAUGCACAUUUACGUCACAUUGAGAUGAUGGAGAGCGAAGAAUUAAUGGCACAGAAAAAAUUGCGUGGAGAGUGUAUACAGCUCGAAGACGUCUUGGCACAAUUGCGCAAGGAAUAUGAAAUGCUUCGCAUUGAGUUUGAACAGAACUUGGCAGCUAAUGAACAAACAGGUCCGAUCAAUCGAGAAAUGCGUCACCUGAUUACCUCUCUUCAGAAUCACAAUCAACAAUUGAAAGGAGAAGUGCACCGUUACAAGCGAAAAUACAAGGAAGCUUCCACUGAAAUACCUCGCUUAAAGAAGGAAGUAGAAGAAUUAACAGCAAAAUUAGGGCAGCAAACGUCUCAAGAAAACAAAGAAGGGAAUAAUUCAGAUGGCAGUGGAAAAGAAGAGGAUGCGUCAAACUCCUUACCAGGUUCUACACAGAUAAAAGAAGAAAGUGGUGUUACGAUCAAGAGAGAAUCUGGUGCUGAUGAAGAAGUGGAAACUAUCGAGGUGGGCGAGGGCGAUGGUAACAAAGGGACACCAGAUUCUUCGACGUUAACUUCGCCGACUUUGAAGAAAGAGAAGGACAUCAAACGUGAAAAGGAUAUCAAGAAAGAAUCUGUGAAAACCGAACACCGUGAUCCUGCACAUCGCGCCAAAGAUGCAAAGAUGGUGGAAUCCGAGCUUGUGAGGGAUUUGAAGGCACAACUUAAAAAGGCUGUGAAUGAGAUGAAAGAUAUGAAACUUCUCUUAGACAUGUACAAAGGCGUUGGAAAGGAGCAACGAGACAAAGUACAGUUAAUGGCUGCGGAGCGCAAAACAAGAGCAGAGCUCGAAGAUUUACGACAGCAAGUGAAAAAAAUUCAAGAAAGUAAACGUGAGGAACGUAAAAAAUUAGCCGAUGAAGACGCACAGAUAAAAAUUAAGAAACUGGAAGAGCAGACAUACACAUUGCAACGUCAAGUUGCUUGUCAAAAACAGAAUGUUAUGUGGCUGCAGGAGGAGGAAGCUCUUCUGAACGAGAUGGAAGUAACCGGGCAAGCGUUCGAGGAUAUGCAGGAGCAGAAUUCUAGGUUGAUACAGCAGCUACGCGAGAAGGACGAUGCGAAUUUCAAACUCAUGACGGAGCGGAUCAAAAGCAAUCAACUGCACAAGCUCGCGAGGGAGGAGAAAGACGUGCUGAAGGAGCAGGUGUCCACGCUGACGACGCAGGUGGAGGCGGCCAAUGUCGUCGUGCGAAAGUUGGAGGAGAAGGAGCGUCUCUUACAAAACUCCCUUGCCACGGUGGAAAAGGAACUAGCUCUGAGGCAGCAGGCGAUGGAGAUGCACAAACGGAAGGCAAUAGAGAGUGCGCAAUCGGCCGCCGAUCUCAAACUUCAUCUCGAGAAGUAUCAUUCCCAAAUGAAAGAAGCGCAACAAGUUGUAGCGGAGAAGACAAGUUCCUUGGAAGCUGAAGCGUAUAAGACUAAAAGAUUACAGGAGGAGAUAGCGCAACUCAGACGCAAGGUCGAACGUAUGAAGAAGAUCGAGCUCGCCGAGACGCUGGACGAAGUGAUGGCGGAGGAGUUGCGAGAGUACAAGGAGACUUUGACGUGUCCGUCUUGCAAGGUGAAGCGUAAAGAUGCUGUACUCACAAAGUGCUUCCACGUGUUCUGCUGGGACUGCUUACGUACACGUUACGAGACGCGACAGCGGAAAUGUCCAAAGUGCAACUGCGCCUUCGGCGCCAAUGACUACCACCGACUGUACCUGUCCACAUGAAGAAGAAGGUGCUGAUUCGCUGGAAAGUACGCCGCGGUGUAGGGUAACGUUUUGUAAUGUGUUACGCAUUUUUCUCUCUUUUUUUUUUUAUAUACCUUUUUAUUUAUUACUUUGACUUUUGGGGGACGUCCACAAUUGAAUGCGUCGAUGUGCGACGACAAAUCACGUAUUUUGCUAGGUUUCUUAUUAAAGUCAUAUUGCAUGAGGAAAACAGCGUAAGUCGUAGAAUUCAAGUAUUAAAAAUCUAACGCUUCUCAAUCUGAGGAUAAACAAUCCGCAUCUUAAUUUUAUUGCUUACGUUUUCUUUUUCAUGCGUUACGGACGUUGUCGACUGACAAAAAUUAGCGAUAUAGAAGUACAUAAACAGAGAAUGUGUAUAGGUGUAUUAUGCGUGUGUAUAUUACGCGUGAGAAGAGACUGCAUUUUUUUUAGGUCAAUGCGAACUAAAGCUUUUAGUUUUUUUGCGAGAUGAAAAACAGAUUACUGUAUUACGCUUUGAUCUCGUUUCACAAGUAAAUCUUGAGAGGAUCUCGCGAGAUUGUCUAAGGCUGCAUAUAGUACGAAUGAUAAUCUAGAUCAAUGAUUUCCAAAAUGAGUAUUAUCCUUUGAUAUUUCCAAUUUUUUAACACCAUCUUUUAUAAGAGCAAAAAUAAGAUCUAUAAAAGAAGAAAUGGGUUUGUGGAAUCAAAGGAUUGAUAGUCGCUGAAAAAGUUUGGAAGUCAUUUAUCAAUAAUCGCGUUCAGUGGAUACAAUUGUACAAAUUGAAUCUGAUUGACUGCUACACACGUCAGUCGGACUCAAUUUAAAAAUUAUGUAAUAAUCGGAUCUAUUGAACGCGACCAUCGUUCGGCGGAACAACUUCGGUGGAACAGUUAUUCUGGAGGUCUUGUGAUAAGCUAGAAGUUUCACAUUCAAAUUAUGCGCGCUGAAAAGUCUCGAAAAAGUAAUUUAAUUCAUUUCAAGAUUAAAGUUCGGGAUCUACGAUUGGCAAUUCGUAUGAUCAUGUUUAUAAUAAAUAAUUUAACCAGAAUGUGAUUGGAAUUCGUUUUGUCUAUUGUGUAUACGAGACAGAACAACUCAUUCAUAAUGCUGUUGUUCUGUGCAAAAAAAUUACUCGAUAUUACUCAAUGACAAAGGAAUUUGAUUAUAAAUCAUGAAUAAGUUCUUUAAGAUUUUCAACGAAACUUGCUGAUUGAACUUGAAACCGAAUAAAAUCAGAGAAAUGAAAUCCCAAAACUGUAUAUUUUAAUUAAGAACUGUAAGAACUAUAUUUUUAGAAGUAAGAAAUUAACAAAAAGUAGUUAAUGUUCAAAAAUUCCCGUAAUAUAUUUAUAAAUAAAUCGUGCAAAGUUCCUGUAGUCCCCUUCAUCUCUUUUAAAAGUAGACGCGUGAACAUUUCUGCCAGGAUUAAACAUCUUAGAAAUUCUUCUGCGAUAAAUUCUCACCGUAUUAAGCACUGCAAUUUAGUUGGAUUUUCUCAAUCGAGUCAAAUCUUCGCCUUUUCAUCCUGCGAAAGAUACAAAUUGCGAGAAAUCACAUCAGGCGAACAGGCAAAGAUACAGUUGAAAGGAUUCAGGCGAAAUUGCGAUGUUAACGCGAAAGAAUGUUCAAGAUUUUUUUCAAUUCUGACAGAAAUACCGGAAUUGGGAAUUACUUUGUGGGAAAUGAAAGUGACUAGGACUUUGAGUAAAUCUAUUUUUUUUUUAUUAUAUAAAUAUGUUUCGAGAAUUUCUUGAUAUUAUAUCAUAUAUGCAUUAACUGAAUUAAAUACUGAUUGCAGAGCGCAUCACGUCACACUAAAUCGUAUUUCAUUAAAUCGAAAUAACAUAAUACAUUUAUAAUUCAAAUUCACUCGUUAAAUAGUUAAACUGUAUUAAUUCAUUGUAUUGUAAUAUAAAUAAUUUUUGAAAUUUU